AUGGAGAAUCUCUCACACAUUCCUCCCGGUUAUCGAUUCCACCCGACCGAUGAAGAACUCGUAGACUAUUAUCUUAAAAAUAAAGUUGCAUUCCCGGGAAUGCAAGUUGAUGUAAUCAAAGAUGUUGAUCUCUAUAAAAUCGAGCCAUGGGACAUCCAAGAGUUAUGUGGAAGAGGGACAGGAGAAGAGAGGGAAUGGUAUUUCUUUAGUUACAAGGACAAGAAGUAUCCAACAGGGACACGAACCAAUAGAGCAACAUGCUCAGGAUUCUGGAAAGCAACUGGUCGAGACAAGGCCAUAUACUCAAAACAAGAGCUUGUGGGGAUGAGGAAGACUCUUGUGUUUUACAAAGGCCGGGCCCCAAAUGGUCAAAAGUCUGAUUGGAUAAUGCAUGAAUAUCGUCUUGAGACCGAUGAAAAUGGACCACCUCAUGAGGAAGGAUGGGUGGUUUGUCGAGCUUUCAAGAAGAAACUAACGACUAUAAAUUACAACAAUCCAAGAACAAUGAUGGCAUCAUCACCAGGCCAAGAACCUAAUUGGUUCUCACAGCAAAAGGGUGUUUCUAGUGGUAAUUACUACCAUCUUCCUGAUCUAGAGAUUCCAAAAAUAUAUCAAGGCUCAUCAUCAUCAUUACAUCAUAAUAACAAUGACCCUUAUGGUGUUGCACUAGGCGCUCACAAUGCAACACCAACCACAUUAAUGCAACAAGGUUAUGAAGAUGAUCAUGGUCAUAUUAUCAGUAAUGUUAUGAACACAAAUACUGAUCAUCAUCAUCAAUCAGGACUACUACUCAAUGAUGAUCAUAAUGAUCAAUUGAUGGAUUGGCAAACUCUUGACAAGCUUGUUGCUUCUCAGCUAAUUUUGAGCCAAGAAGAGGAAGAAGUUAACAAAGAUCCAUCAAAUAAUUUUUCGAAUGAAACAUUUAAUCAUCUCUCUGAAGAAGAGACAACAUCUUCCUCUUGGGCUCAAAAUACACACACGUGA